GUCCCGUGUUGACUGUAACAUAACAACAUGGCAGCCUCCUCUGUGGCAGCAAGUGAGCUGCUACAAAAUAUGAAUAAACAUAUAUCAAUAUUGUACCCAAAGGCUUCGUAUGUUAUUAGAAGGAUAAGCACAUCCAGACAACGAAGCGACAGCCAGCCGCAGCUAAGAGUAAAAAGUGCGCCCCAGCAGCUGGUUGGCGUGGUGGGCUUGGAAGUCCACGCCCAGAUUAACUCCAACACCAAACUUUUCUCCGGCUCAUCAGUACGCUUCUCAGCUCCUCCAAACUCCCUGGUGUCACCCUUUGAUGCAUCCUUACCAGGCACAUUACCUGUCCUUAACACACGAUGUGUCGAAGCUGCUGUGAUGACAGCACUGGCUCUCAACUGCACCAUAAACAGGACAUCUCUUUUUGAUAGGAAACACUACUUCUACGCUGACCUCCCUGCUGGAUACCAGAUCACACAGCAGCGGCGGCCCAUCGCAGUAGAUGGCUUCCUGGAUUACAGCUUCCUUGGAGGGAAAAAGAGGAACCAGGUGAUCAAAAGAACUGUCAGCAUCAAACAGAUCCAGCUGGAGCAGGACAGCGGCAAGAGUCUCCACGACAACCUCCGCAGCCAGACUCUCAUAGACCUCAACAGAGCAGGUGUGGGACUAAUGGAGCUGGUGAUGGAGCCCGACAUGAGCUGUGGAGAGGAAGCUGCUGCCGCUGUGGGAGAGCUGCAGCGCAUCCUGCAGACCCUGGGCACCUGUCAAGGCAACAUGUCUGAGGGCCAGCUGAGAGUAGAUGCCAAUGUGUCUGUGCACGAGCCAGGUGAGCCGCUGGGCAUCAGGACGGAGGUGAAGAACAUCAACAGCAUCCGAUACCUCGCCAAGGCUAUAGACUACGAGAUCCAGAGACAGAUCGCAGUCCUGCAGAGAGGCGGGACGGUGCAAAGCCAGACCCGGGCGUUUGAUUCUAAAUCAGGGGAAACUGUUCCUAUGAGGGACAAAGAGGGUCUUCAGGACUACAGGUUCAUGCCAGAGCCCAACCUGCCCCCUCUGAUUGUGUAUGAGGAUAAUGCAUCGCUGCCCACUGGCAUUGAUGCGUGUCAGGUGGUGGUGGUGCAGGCGAUAAGAGAAGCGCUGCCAGAGCUGCCCGCUGUCAAAAGAGAAAGACUGGUGCAAACGUACGGCCUCCUGCCCGAGCACAGCCUCACUCUGGUGAACGAGGACGGGCUGGUGGAGUACUUUGAGGAAGUGUUGAAGGCGACCAAGAAGGAGCCGAGGAAGGUGAUUGGCUGGGUGACCAAUGAGCUGGUGGGUCACCUCAAACAGCAGGACAUGAGUGUGAGCCAGAGCCCGAUCGCUCCCUCUGCCCUGGCUGAGCUGCUGGAGCUCCAGGAAACAGGACACAUCUCUUCUUCUGCUGCCAGGAGGGUGUUCCAGGAGAUGUGGAGGUCACCGGGCAAGACGGCCCUGCAGAUCAUCCGGGAGCAGGACCUGGGUCUGGUCAGUGACACCGCACAGCUGCACAACAUCUGCCAGGAAGUGUUGGACUCACACCCUGACGAGGUUAACGCCAUCCGAGGUGGAAAUAAAAAGGUUCUGAACAAGCUGAUGGGCCUGGUUCAGAGAGAGACCAAAGGCAGAGCCGACCCGGUUCUGGUGAGGAAAAUUAUACAAGAGAAGACGUCAUGAAGGUCGGACUGUUGUGCAAGACCAGAGUCAAAUCAUGGGCCAUGUGACCUUCAUGAUAGACGUCGAUAUGGCAGUGAUGUUUGUAGAUCUUUAUGAACAGGCAGAGUAAUCAUGUCGCUCCAUCAAAACAACAUAUGGUACCUGGUCUUCGGCAGGUGAAGGAAACUAUUGAAAUUCAGGCUGAAAAUAAAGCUAAUAUCUUUAGUUUCUGAUAUGUUUGUUUGUAAAUACUGAACAGUGAUUUUACUGGACAACAACAAUGACCUUCUAUUUAUGUGUUUAAAAAUGAAUAAAUGUUUUCCAGAAUAAUGCUCUCUGUGGCAGUGUGUUGUCAAACUAUUCAGGUUAUUUAGUCAAUUGUGAAUUCUAUGCUUCAAUUAAUGUGUUCAUAUUUUGACAUGGUGAUAAAAUUGUAUGAAAAAGUUAUGAAGAAAAUUGAAGCACCUUUUCUGACCCUUGAAAACUUCAGAUACAUUUAAAUGCUAUUAUAAUAAAGAAGACUGGGAUUUUAAGAACUA